UUCUCCUCAUCUCUCUCUCUCUCUCUCACUAGAAAUGAGGAAUCCUCUGUUUUCUCUCACUACAAAUCCAACCAUUUUAUUUAUUAUCCUCGUUGUUUGCGUGAUCAUAUCAAAAUUCUCAACAGCAGCAAAAUCUCCCGACCAUGAUUUUUCAUACUUGGACGAAUCCACACUCGCAACAACUCCACAACUCAAACCCGGUUCGAAAUUCAAGAAUCAAUCUUAUACAUCGGGGCAGAUCAAAUCCUUAUUAGUCCCGAAUUUCGAUAAAGACUGCACCUUUUGGAACAGGGAUUGCUCGGAAGAAAUCAUGAGAAUUGCGAAAAGCCCAGAAAACAUAAAAUGGAUAAAAUCGGUUCGAAGGAGAAUCCAUGAAAACCCGGAAUUAGCAUUUGAGGAAGUCCAAACAAGCCGGCUUAUUCGCCGGGAAUUGGAUGAACUCGGGAUAAGAUACCUAUUCCCAUUGGCCAAAACCGGGAUUAGAGCUUUGCUCGGAACUGGGAAUCCGCCGUUUGUGGCUAUCCGGGCUGACAUGGACGCCUUGCCAAUUCAGGAAGGUGUUGAAUGGGAGCACAAAAGCAAGAACGCAGGCAAAAUGCACGCGUGUGGACACGACGCGCAUGUCGCUAUGCUCGUUGGAGCAGCCAAGAUUCUUAAGGCGCGCGAAAAACACUUGAAGGGAACUGUGGUACUCGUGUUUCAGCCAGCAGAGGAAGCUGGAAACGGAGCAAAGAAAAUGAUUGAAGAGGGUGCUCUUGAAAAUGUCGAAGCUAUAUUCGCUUUGCAUGUAUCUCAUCUUCUCCCUACAGCUGUCAUCGGGUCAAGAUCCGGCCCGUUACUCGCGGGCUGUGGAUUCUUCAAGGCUGUCAUAACCGGUCAAACGAGCCCCGCCCGGAAUAUUCUCCAUCGCUCUCCCGACACAGUCUUGGCCGCCUCAGCUGCAGUCAUCAGUUUGCAAGGCAUUGUUUCUCGAGAAUCCAAUCCGUUAGACUCUCAGGUAGUAUCUGUGACUUUCAUGAAUAGUGGAAACGAUACCGACGAGAUGCCAUUUCGGGUCGAGUUUGGUGGCACAUUGAGAGCGUUCUCUAACACAAGCUUCCAACAACUUCUCAAAAGAAUCGAAGAGGUAAUUGUAGGUCAAGCUAGGGUUUAUAGAUGCUCGGCAACGGUUGACUUUUUUAAGGAUGCUGACACAAUUUACCCACCGUUGGUCAACGAUGAGAAGAUGUACGAACAUGUGAAAAAGGUGGCAGUUGAUUUGCUGGGGCCCACAAAUUUUCGGGUGGUCGAACAGGUGAUGGGAUCUGAGGACUUCUCGUUUUACUCCGAAAUGAUUCCGGCAACAUUUUUCUUCAUCGGGAUAAAAAACGAGACACUUGGAUCGGUGCACUCGCCUCAUUCGCCGCUUUUUGUGAUUGACGAAAAUGCCCUUGCGGUAGGGGCAGCUACUCAUGCAGCCAUUGCUGAGAGAUAUCUAAAUGACCGUAGUAUGAUUAUCGAUUCAUGAUCAAGAUUAUAGAUGCGCAUAGCUAGAGAGAUUAAGGUAAAUUUAAUGGAAAAUUAAUAAACCUAGUUAUUUGAUGUGAGAAGGUGAAUUAUUUAGAGUAUUUAUAAUUUUCUGUUUUUUUUUU